UACUCGGGUGAGAAGAGGCCAGCCACAGAAAGUGAGAAAGAAUAUAUAUAUAUAUAUAUCAGGUGGAGACACUCUCUACUGCACAGAGGAUAAACAGUUGCAUAUCUGCAGAUUUUCAACAAACCAGAAUCGAUUCUAACAUGUGGCUCCAGGUGUGCUUCUUGUGUCUCUCCUGCUUGACUGUGCCCAGCCGAGGCCAGGCCCAAGCCUCUCUACGCCGCGCCAAUGACCCCGCCGGGCGCUGCCACUACACCUUCACCGUGGCCAGUCCAGAGGAGUCCAGCUGCACCGGAAGCAAUCCAGAGACGGAUGGACUCUUGUCCCGACUGACCCUGCUGGAGGCUUCGGUCAGCAGGCUCAUAGCGGGAGAGGACGGGGAAGCCGGGGCUGGCGUCGGAGCCAACGGCGAAGAGGCUCUCCAGGAGGCUUACGCGCAGGUUACAGGGGAGAGAAACCAGCUGCAGCAGGACAAGGAGAGUCUGAACAGGCAGGUCCUGGAGCUGCAGAAGAGGCUGGACGAGCUGAGUCAGGAGGCAGAGAGCCUAAGGCAGAGACCCUGCAAGCAGGCGCACACCUCAGGGGGAGCGCAGCGUGAAAAUAGACCUGCCAGUGACCCUGCCUAUGAUUUGGGGAACGGUGCGUACCAGGAGAUGAAGGCGGAGGUCACAGAGGUUCCAGCAUCCCACCUCCUUCCUGAAGGGAGUCACAGCUUCAAAGGCUGUGGGGAGCUUCAGUCAGUGGAAGAUCCUGUGGUGCACAGGAAGGCUGACAGCAUCACGGGGAAGUAUGGGGUGUGGCUGCAGGAUCCCGAGCCCCAGACGCCUAACUACACCAACAGGACGGUGUGGCGCAUCGACACAGUGGGUAAAGAUGUCCGCCAGCUCUUCGCGUACGAAGAUAUGGAUCAGUUCGCCAAGGGCUUCCCCAUGAAAGUCCUAGUCCUGCCAGAGCCUGUGGAGAGCACGGGGGCCACCAUGUACCGUGGCUCCCUCUACUACCAGCGCAAACGCAGCCGCACCCUGAUCCGUUACGACCUGGCAUCGGAGAGCCUGGCCUCGCGCCUUGACUUGCCUCACGCCGGCUACCACGGCCAACACCCUUACUCCUGGGGCGGCUACACUGACAUCGACCUGGCGGCGGACGAGCAGGGCCUGUGGGCCAUCUACAGCACGAGCAAGGCCAAGGGCGCAAUCGUGAUCUCCCAGCUGGACCCCGAGAGCCUGAAGGUGAUGAAGAGCUGGGAGACCAACAUCAGGAAGAACACAGUGGCCAAUGCGUUCAUGGUGUGCGGGCGCCUGUACACAGUGGCCAGCUACACCGCGGCCAACACCACCAUCAACCAUAUGUUUGACACGGCCACCAGCGCGGGGCGGGCCAUCGCCGUGCCCUUCAAGAACAAGUACCGUUACAACAGCAUGGUGGACUACAACCACGCCCAGAGGAAGCUGUUCUCCUGGGACAACUUCCACAUGGUCACCUAUGACGUCAGACUGGGCCGGGCCGGACAUGGCAGCCGUUAAAGAGGACACAGACAGAAAGAGGAACUGCAGUUCAUAGAACCGUGCCGGUGCAAUGUGAUGAAACAUACAAUCAUUUGCAUUGCACUGAGCUCAUCUAUGUAUUUUUGCAUCACUGAAAUCUAUUUUUUCUAUUCCUACUGUAAAUAAGAUCUAUAAUGGCAACAGACACGUAUUCAUAGAGCAGAUUAAUGUAGAGACACUGAUGAUCUCAGUCAUCAUUACACACAGAAAUCAUGGUUUAGAAUUAGGGAAGAACAUUUUGAGCCAAUAGUGUGGCUGCCUUAACAACCGAUUAUUGGUUAAUCAUUAAUACAUUUUGAAUAUGUUUUUCCAUCAGAAAACUGUUUGAAACACUGACAUGAUCUAUGGUCGAUGUAAAAUCAGAGCAGGCGACAUGAGGAGUUAUUGGAACAUAAAAUGCUAAAAUGCAAUAUGAUCAUUUUAUAUAGAAUGUCUUCUUGUAUUAAAUAAAUUAUGAAUUCCUGGUACUUUAAUGAAAUAUUUUUUCUCAUACCAGUAUUCUGUAUUUUAUUUUUGAUAUACUUUAGCAAGUAUUUGUCAUUUGUAACAAGACACUUUUUGGGUCAACACAUUUUUAAGCAGUUCAAUUAUUGAUCUCAAUUGAUCGAUUCAUGAUUGAUCAGAAACAUCCCAAUUUAGAAUUGUGAAAUAUUUUUGUUUUUCU